AUGCGGGUCCCUGCCCCCGGUGCCGGUGCGGGCGCUGCCGCCGCUGCCGGGGAGGCGGGCGGGAGGCGGGCCGGUGACUCAUGGCUUCCCAACGGCGGCGGCUCCUCCCCGCGGCCGCCGGCCCCGCGCAGCCCCCGGCACAUGGGCCGCGGCUCCGGCAGCGCGGAGCUGGCCAUGGCCGCACCGCCCGCCCGCUGCCCCGACUGCCCGGGGCCGGAGCGGGGGGGCGGCGGCGGGACCCCCGCCGUGCCGCACCUCGGCAUUGCGGUGGACGAGGGGGACGUGCUGCCCGGGGCGCUGCGGAUCGUGCGGCGGCUGAGACCCGCCUGGGAUCCGGCCGCGGUGAAGACCAAGCUCUUCACUGACGGCAUCACCAACAAGCUGGUGGCCUGCUACACGGACGAGGGCAUGGCGGACGCGCUGCUGGUGCGGGUGUACGGCAGGAAAACCGAGCUGCUGGUGGACAGGGAGACGGAGCUGAGGAACUUCCAGGUGCUCCGAGCCCACGGCUGCGCCCCCGAGCUCUACUGCGCCUUCCAGAACGGGCUCUGCUACCAGUUCCUGCCGGGAAUCGCGCUGGGACCCGACCACGUGAGGGAUCCACACAUCUUCAGGCUGGUGGCCCGGGAGAUGGCCCGAGUCCACGCCAUCCACGCCAACGGGAGCCUCCCCAGGCCCAUCCUGUGGCAGAAGCUGCACAAAUACCUCAGCCUGGUGAAGACAGAGCUCAGCCCAAAGGUAUCCAACGCCAGCCCCCCUCGGGACGUGCCCAGCCCCGAGGCGCUGGAGCAGGAGCUGGCCUGGAUGGAGGAGACGCUGUCGCAGCUGGGGUCCCCCGUGGUGCUGUGCCACAACGACCUCCUGUGCAAGAACAUCAUCUACGACAGGACACGAGAGCGCGUGCGCUUCAUCGACUACGAGUACACGGGCUACAACUACCAGGCCUUCGACAUCGGCAACCACUUCAACGAGUUCGCAGGUGUGAAGGAGGUGGAUUAUGGCCUCUACCCCAGCAAGGAGACGCAGCUGCAGUGGCUGCACUUCUACCUGCAGGCCUACAAGGAGCUCAGCCAGGGCCAGCCAGGUGACAGCCAGGUGUCCCAGGAGGAGCUGGAGACCCUCUAUGUGCAAGUGAACAAGUUCUCCUUGGCGUCCCAUUUCCUCUGGGCCUGCUGGGGCCUGAUCCAGGACAAAUAUUCCACCAUAGACUUUAAUUUCUUACGAUAUGCAAAGCUGAGGUUCAAACAGUACUUCAGGAUGAAGCCGGUGGUCACAGCCCUGCAGGUCCCCAAGUAGGGGCCGCCCCGCGCUCUCCUGUCCUGGCCGUGCCCACCUUGCCCCUCGCCCAGCGGUGCCAAGGGGGACAGGAGGAGCCACCCCCGCUCCCAGGAGAGCCUGGCCACCCCCAAGAGUGGACCACGAGAUGCUGGAGAGGACCAGGGCCCCGCGAGGCCCCAGGAAGCCCCACCACCGCCUUAAUGCCCGGCGCCGGUGCCCGGCAGGUCCGUGCCCGCUGGCACUGCUGCUGCUGCCGGGCCUGGCACCACCCCCUCCCCUGCGCUGUCCCCGAGGGGGACACGGCGUCACCCCGGCCGCUCAGGCCCCCCAGAGCUGCCCCACUGUCCCCUCCUGCCACCCCCAAAGCAGCGCUGUCCCACGUCCCUGCUGGCCCCAGGCUUGUCCCUGAGGGGUGGCAGCAGUGGGCAAAGGGGCAGUGCCAGCCGUGAGCCCCUGGCGCCUGUGGGUGCUGCUGGUGGGCACGGGGUGCCCGCCCCCCUGCGCUGUGCCAGCCCCGGGGUGUCCCCACAGCUGCCCCCGCCUGUCCCCACUGUCCCCUUGGCUUGGUGGCUUCCCCCCCACCCCCAGGGGGUUCUGGGGACAUCCAGGGGGGUCUGUCCUGCCUGUCCCCACCCCUGUCCUCCUCCCUUGGCCGUGUCCCCAGCCCCCUGCCCUGCUGAGCCCUGUCCAGCUCGUCUCAGCAAUCAGGGCCCUGUGCCCCCCUGGGCCAUGGGGACAAGGUGGCUGUCCCUUCUCCGGGCACAGGGAUGUCCCCCAGAGCCUGUGCCCCCCUGGGCCAUGGGGACAAGGUGUCUGUCCCUUCUCCGGGCACAGAGACCUCCUGUGCCCCCCCAGCCAUGGGGACAAGGUGGCUGUCCCUUCUCUGGGCACAGGGACCUCCCCCAGAGCCCUGUGCCACCUCAGCUGUGGGGACAAGGUGGCUGUCCCUUCUCUGGGCACAGGGAUGUCCCCCAGAGCCCUCUGCCCCCCCCCAGCUGUGGGGACAAGGUGGCUGUCCCUUCUCCGGGCACAGGGAUGUCCCCCAGGCAGACCCAGGGCUGCUGGCACGUCCGUGUUUGUUUUGGUGGGAAAUUAAAGCUGCUGGUAGCUGAAUUUGGGGCUGUGGAUCUGGGGCUGGAGCUGGCGCAGCCCCCCCGGGCUCUGGGGGUGCUCCUGUCCCUUCUGUACCCCGAGAUGUCCUCAGCCAACCCUCACCCCCACUCUGGUGACGCCCAAGCCCCGCUCUCUGCUCCAAAAAGUCACUUUUAUUGUGCCAAGGGCCAGGGGGAGGAACGAUUGUAAACAGGGAUGUGAAAUAUACAGGUUAAGUUACUCGUCGUCUUAUUAACAAAAUAAAG